AUGCCGCAGACAUCAUCAAAGAAAAAAGAACUUUAUUUAGGAAAGUGCCUAGCAGAUUUACACAGCAAAAGUGAAGUCAAACAGCUUGAUAACCCAGUCAGCGUAAUAAUUCGAUCAUUGAGUAAAGUGUUCCAAGAUGCUGAAAAUUUAGACGCUCAAGGAGAUGAAGAAAGAGCUUAUGUCAUGUACAUGAAGUAUUUCAACAUACUGAAGCAGGUGAAGUUAAAGGCUGACUACAAGAAUCGGCGGGAGUUUUUUGAUAAUCUGAUUGGAAAAAGAAACCAGAUAACAGCUAUUGAGCGAGCAGAAAAGCUUUCAGAAAGUCUUAAAGAAAGAUACAUUUUGAAGGAAGCAGAGGCACUGGCUGCAAAGUUACCUCCUCUUGAGUCAAGCAGUGAACCAGCUGACAAGACAGUGGCCACUGAGAAACCAGAAAAUGAAAAAGAACAAGAAGUUUUAUCUCCAGGAGUGACCCAAACAGUCCCAACUGGUACGAUCACCUGUCGAGGUCUGUGUGAAUUGCUCCAAGAUACAACUACAAGUAUUGUGCUCAUGGAUGCCCGCCCUAAAGUAGACUUCAUUCAGUCUCAUGUCUCACACACAGACUGCAUCUGUGUGCCUGAGGAAAUACUUAUCCCUGGUUCAACAGUGAGUCACAUUCAAGCAAAACUACCAGAAGAAUCACAUGCAGUCUGGGCAAAGCGUAGGCAUGCUGACCAUAUCAUUUUGUUGGACUGGAAGUCUUCUUUGGACCAUGCUACUCCUGGCACACCUUUAAGAACCCUUAAAGAUGCUAUCUUCAAGUAUGACACAAAUGUCAUCAUCAAAUCAGAGCCACUGAUUUUACAAGGUGGAUAUGAGCAGUGGUUGUUGUUUUAUCCCACCCUGACAACAAAUCCUCACGUGGCUAGACCAAGCGACAUGAAUCAGAUGAAACCACCAUCUCCAACAAUGACACUGGACUUUGAUUAUCCUGACUUUGAAGAAAAGGAAAAGAAACCUGCAGCAGCACCUGUUGCAACAGUCGGUGAAACUAUUCCUGUUAUUGGUGGGGGCAUCUCUGUGGCUGCUGAACCAGGAGUAAUACCAUUGCCACAGUUUGACCGAAGUUUAAAACCAUCUCCAUCAGCGAAUAUAUCAACAUUCUCAGACACUAGAUCACUCGGCGUUCUGCCGGCAGGGUUGAGUGAACAGAGUGCCUCGACAGUCACAGGGGGUUUGUAUCCAAGUAACCUUGUAAUGGCAAAGACUGCAAACACAAUCAAUAAUAUAAUUAGCGAUCAAGCUACCAGCAGUAAUAGAAACAUCAAUUUGUCUUUUAAAAAUAACUUAGCCAAGGACUUUUCUAAAAGUACUGUUCAAAGGGAGGCAAAGGAAGCAGAGCUGAAAGAAUUUCAGCAGUCACGGGAUAAUAAGGUGAAAGAAGAUCAACAAAAAAUCAAGGAGGUAGAAAAAAGACUGAAAGAUCUGGAGCUGAUGAAAAAGAAAGAAGAAAAAGAUGUUGCAGAUCUGAUGAGGAUGAAGAGGAAGUUGAAGGAAGAGUUGGAGAGGGAGAAAUUGAGACAGGAAGAGGAAAGAAAGCACUUUAUUGCAGAAGAGACAAGACGGGCAUUUGCUUUAGAACUAGCAAGAAAAGAGGAGGAGGAAAAAAGGCACAGACUAGAAGACGUAGAGUUAAUGAGACAUAACAGGAAAAAAGAAGAACAAUUGAAAGACUUGGUUGAAAUUCAACGGGAGAAAGAGAGAAAGAAGAAAGAAGCUGAUGAAAUGGUCAGGUUAUUAAAAUUUGAAGAAGAAAGGGAGGCUGAGCGGCUGAGAGAAGCUGAGCAACUAAGAGAGGCUGAACGGCUAAGAGAAGUUGAGCGAUUAAGAGAAGUUGAGCGAUUAAGAGAAGUUGAGCGAUUAAGAGAAGUUGAGCGAUUAAGAGAGGCAGAGAGGUUAAAAGAAGCUGAACGACUAAUGGAGUCUACUUCAGCAAAAAAGACACAACAAGAGGUCCAUGAUGAAGAAGAGAGGCUGAGGAGAAUAGAAAAAGAAAGACUAGAAAAAGAAGAGGCAGAAAGAGAGCUGCUUCGACAGCAGUAUGAGCAGGACCAGAUGAAAAAGGAAGCUGAAGAGACAAAGAGGAAGCUCAUGGAGCAGGCGGAGGCAGCCAGGCGUGAAGAAGAAAUCAGGAGAAAAGAGCAGAUUGAAAAAGAAAUAAGAAAAGAGCAGAUUGAAAGAGAAAUUAAAGAGAGGGAAGAGAUAAACAGAGAACUUGAAAGGCAGAGAAAAGAAGUCAUAGAAAAAGCUAAAGUAGAGGAGGCAGCAAGGGAACUCGCAAGACGAGAAAGGGAAGCCUCAGAGCAGUUGAAAGUGAAUGAGCAGCAGGCCUCAAAAGUUGUUCCAUCUAAUAUGCUGCCACCUGGCUGGGAGAAACGAAUGGACCGUGCAACAAAUCGUUACUUCUACAUAGAUCACAAUCGAGGUACAACUCAGUGGACACCUCCUGUGUUGCCAUCUUCUGCUGGACCACCAGAAACAUAUACAGCACGCUUGAAAGAUGAACCAAGUGUGUCUGUGUCCCGAGGUUUGUCUCGAUCACACUCAUCUCCAAAUAUUAAGAAGCAGCUGGAAGAAGAGGAAGAAAGAGCAAGGAAUGUGAUGCCCUCCUUUGACCGCAGUAGUAAACCAAGUAUUAGCCCUUCUAAAACCCUGCCAAGACAGAAUGCAUAUGUUGUUAAAAGACGAGAUCUCAAUCCCGUUUAUGGAAAUGUGGGUCCAGCUCUCACUGGUCUUCGAAACCUGGGCAACACUUGCUACAUGAACUCAACAAUUCAGUGUUUGAACAACACCUCCCCAUUGAUCAACUAUUUUCUGAAUGAUUCCUACCUUCAUGAUAUCAACAGAGAAAGUUCCAAGGGGAUGCAUGGUGAAGUGGUUGAUGAUUUUGCUAUUGUUGUGAAAGCCUUGUGGUCACAGCAGUACAAGUCCAUAACACCUAGAGACCUCAAGAAUACAGUUGCUAAGUACAACCCUAUGUUUGCUGGCUACCAGCAACAGGAUUCACAGGAAUUUCUCACCUUUCUUCUGGAUGGUCUCCAUGAGGGAUUAAACGAGGUGAAACAUGUGCCAGAUAUCCCAGAGCAAAACAAUGAUAAUCUGCCUGACACAGUUGCUGCUCCUCUCGCUUGGAAACACCACAAGUUACUGCAUAAGUCAAUCAUAGUUGAGUUGUUUCAGGGCCAGUUGAAGUCAACUCUGAUGUGCCGUACGUGUAAAAAAACUUCAGUGACAUUCCAGGCUUUCAUGUUUCUUUCUUUACCAAUCCCUGCAAGUUCUCGAUGUUCCCUAAAGGAGUGUAUCCAGGAAUUCUUGAAACCAGAACUAAUGUCUGGCAGCAGCAGAUGGAAGUGUCCCCGCUGUAAAGUGGAAAGAGAUUCUGAGAAAAAGAUUGACUUAUGGAAGCUUCCCCCGAUCCUUUUGAUUGGUCUCAACAGGUUUUACAGUGAAGGCAUGUGGAUGCAGAAAAAGACAACAUAUGUUGACUUUCCUAUUGAUGAUCUUGAUCUGUCUCCCUGUGUUAUUGGACCAAAGCCUCGACUAAGUUACAGUUUAUAUGGAAUAUCAAAUCAUUAUGGCACAAUGGAAGGAGGCCACUAUACGGCAUUCUGUCGCAACUCAGUAAACAAAAAGUGGUACAAGUAUGACGAUCAUGAUGUCUAUGAGAUGCCACCUUCAGAUGUCAAGACCAGUGCAGCAUUUGUUUUGUAUUACACAUCAAUUGACUUGCCGCCACCACAGUAUAAGCCCCACUUGUAA